AUGGGAUCUUCAAGCUAUAAUCCCAACCCUUUUCCUUGUUUUCCUUCUUCUAGCUCUUCCACUACUAAUUCCUACAAUCUCCCUCUCUCCAUUCCUUCACUUCUCAACUUUGACCCUUCGUCCAACAACACUUCGACUGUCAACUUCCAUCACCAACCCCAUCAAGAUCCACUCUCAUUUCUAGCUCCCUACUUUCCCAUUGCCCAUUUCUCCACGUUGACACCUCCCGAGACGGCCGUGAUCAAUUUUGCCGUAGCGGGGAACAACAUUCAAGCUCUUGGUGAUAUGGUUGUCCCGAGCGCUCCUGGAGCAGGGACAACGGGGAUGGGGAAGAAGGAUCGGCAUAGCAAGAUUUAUACGGCUCAGGGUUUGCGCGAUCGGAGAGUGAGAUUGUCCAUUGAUAUAGCUCGAAAGUUCUUUGAUUUGCAAGACAUGUUAGGGUACGAUAAAGCAAGCAAAACCCUAGAGUGGCUGUUUAGCAAAUCCAGAAAAGCAAUUAAAGAGCUUUCAAGGACCAAGAAUGUUGGGUUUCAUGGAGGGGCUAAAAAAUUGUCUUUGGCAGCUGCUUCUUCAGAUGUUGAAGAAGAAUAUGAUGAUGAUAAAGGAUGGGAGCUGAAGAUGAAAUCAAUGUUGAGGAUUGAUGAACAAGAGAAAGUAAGUAAAGAAAAAGUUGAAAUUUUUAAUCUUGUUGCUAAAGAAUCAAGAGCUAAAGCAAGAGCAAGAGCAAGAGAGAGAACGAUGGAGAAGAAGCAAGUUGACGACAGCAAAGUUUACGGUCAUCAGAAGGGCGGCGCCCAAGAAGUUUCGGAUCAUUGGAGUAAGCAUUUGAAUCAUAGCACUGAAACAUCAAAUCUGUCAAUGGAGGAAUCCUCCUUCAUGAACAAGAGAAAGAUUUAUGCUAAGAAGUUCAUCAACCACGACAACUACACUACUGUGAAAUCUUGUCGGGACGACGAGAAUGCCGAAACCUCUCAUUGGAAGCUUUUGGAUCAGAUGAAGGCUUCAAAGAGGAAAUGGAAACCUUCCAUUAUUUCUGGUUCUUCUCAAAGAAAUCUUCUCAUUUCCAUUGAUGAUAUUCCCAUUAACUUACCUCGAAAUUUGGAUACCAAUAACAGCGCCGGUUAUCGUUUUGCAAAGUAA